UGUUGGACAUUGAUCAAUUUUUAUGGGCUGAAUGAAGCACUAUUAUGCUCAAGUGACUUGAGAAAUGGGCUUCUUACAAAGUCACAAUUGGAACUUUGAUAUAGGAUUAGGAAUAAGCAUUUUGAUUGGGUAUAUUAAAAGUGAAGAUUAAAUGUUAAAAAACAAAUUAAGCAAAAGUAUGAAGAGAGAAGAGAAACGACAGAAGUUCCAUGAAGGCCUCCUUCGAAUGCUCUAUCCUCCUCCACCUUCACCUCCUCCCCAAGAAGAAAACGAUGAAGAACCACUUCACAUUCUCGGUCAAGGCAUCAACUUGGAUCAAAUUCCAGUGGAAGAGGCUAGGGGCUCUUCCUCCUCGGGUGACCAAGCGUAUGAUCAUGGGCCUGAUGAGAAGCUCAGAAGGGCCCAGAGAAAGAGGCUUCGACGAAAGAAGCUUAAGGAAGCUGCCUCGCGCCGCCAGAAUAUAAUUGGGCCGUUGUUGCCUACCGCAGAGAAUGAUCGGAAGGGUGAAAAUGUGAGUACCACAGAAGAGGAACCACAAGGUGUUCGAGAAAAUGCCAAAGAGCCAUGUGAUGCAGACUCUUGCUCGAAACAAAACAGACUAAAACAAAGAAGAAUUGCUAAACGGUUGGUUGGUGGCAGCUCAAAAUCAACUAGUGAAGGCGACAAGAGCUAAAGCUUGGCGGAUUUCUUGUGAAAUGAAGGACCACUGGAACAGGCAGAAGUUACGAAGGAUUGCAUAUAGAUGUUCAAUAACACGCCGCGGAAGACAAUAACAAUCCUAAAAGAUCUUUUCGUGUUUUAAAUUUAUUUAUAUGUCAAUAGAUCGGAUCUAAG